CUUGGGAGAGCUUAAUGAAAAGAGAACCAGGAGGGGGGGGUGUGUGGAUUCGACACCACGAGGUAACCCCGGGAAGAGGCAGAAGGUAGAGAGGGGUAGGCAGAUCAGGAGGUGGAGGGACUCGGGAGGAUUUGAAGGAAAGAGAAGGAAAAGGAGGCGAGACACAGAGAAGGAGCAAAAGAGUGGGUUGUGGGGAGGGGGAGGUGUCGCUAUCCCAGGUCGCUUUGGGAUUUGGGAAACUGGGAAUCACUGUGGGCGAGUAGAAGAAGCUUGGAUUCCUGGAGCGAGAGGGUCCCAAAAACAGGGGAGAGAGGAGCUGAGAGAAAAGGGGGCAGGGAAUUGGGAAGGGGGUCCCUCGAAGGGCUCCCCGGGAUGGGAGUUGCCGCUUGUCUGAGCGCCCCUCGAGCGCUGGUACUCUGGGCCGCACUAGGGGCGGCAGCUCACAUCGGACCAGUACCAGACCCCGAGGACUGGUGGAGCUACAAGGAAAAUCUCCAGGGAAACUUCGUGCCAGGGCCUCCCUUCUGGGGCCUGGUUAAUGCAGCCUGGAGUUUGUGUGCUGUGGGGAAACGGCAGAGCCCUGUGGAUGUGGAGAUGAAGAGGGUCCUUUAUGAUCCCUUUCUGCCCCCUUUGAGGCUCAGCACUGGCGGUGAGAAGCUUCGGGGGACCUUAUAUAACACGGGCCGCCAUGUCUCCUUCCUGCCUGCGCCCCGGCCAGUGGUCAAUGUGUCCGGGGGUCCCCUCCUCUAUAGCCACCGACUCAGUGAACUGCGGCUGUUGUUUGGAGCACGGGAUGGAGCUGGGUCGGAACACCAGAUGAACCACCAAGGCUUCUCCGCUGAGGUGCAGCUCAUCCACUUCAAUCAGGAACUCUAUGGGAACCUCAGCGCGGCCUCCAGGGGCCCCAAUGGCCUGGCCAUUCUCAGUCUCUUUGUCAAUGUGGCUGGCAACUCAAACCCAUUCCUCAGCCGCCUCCUCAACCGUGACACCAUCACUCGUAUUUCCUACAAAAAUGAUGCAUACUUUCUUCAAGACCUGAGUCUGGAGCUCCUCUUCCCAGAAUCCUUCGGCUUCAUCACCUACCAGGGCUCUCUCAGCACCCCGCCCUGCUCGGAGACUGUCACCUGGAUUCUGAUUGACCGAGCCCUUAAUAUAACCUCCCUCCAGAUGCACUCCCUGAGACUUCUGAGCCAGAAUCCUCCAUCCCAGAUCUUCCAGAGCCUCAGCGGUAACGGCCGGCCACUGCAGCCCUUGGCCCACAGGGCCCUGAGGGGCAACAGGGACCCCCGGCACCCUGAGAGGCGCUGCCGAGGCCCCAACUACCGCCUGCAUGUGGAUGGUGUCCCCCAUGGUCGCUGAGACUCCCCAUCGAGGAUUGCGCCUGCCUAUCUCGUCUCAAGCCUCCCUACUAGGGAAGGGCAAUCAUCCCCAAAGCAGUUAUUAAAAGAGACAGAAUACUUCCUGUUU